AUGGACGACGAAGCUGCAAACCAAAAACUGCCUUAUGGAGCCGAAUACGCGAAAAGUAACCGAUCUUCAUGCAAAUCUUGUAAAGACUCUAUCUCUAAGGUAAUAUCUUUGAUAAAACGGUUUUUUAAAAUUUAGGUAACAGUUCGUAUAUCUAAAAUAACAUGUUUUGUGUCUGGCUAUGAUACUGUUGUAUAUACAGUAGUAUUUUUGCCAGUUUAUUUAUUAAAAUUGCUGUUUUGCUUCAGGGAGACUUGAGAAUGUCGCUGAGAUUGCAAUCUAGACACUUUGAUGGCCUUCAGGACAACUGGUUUCACUUUGACUGUUUCUGGGGAAGAACCAAGAGUGAUAUUAACGAAGCUACAAUCAGAGGAUUCAGUUGGUUGAAAUGGGAAGAUCAGGAGAAGAUCAGAGUCAGAUGCAAAAUGAUUGCUGGUUAGUUUUUUAUGCUAAGAUAGAAUCAAGAAUAAGCUGCGUGAUGAAUACAUUGAAAAUUCUAUUUGCCUUAUAUCUUUGAAUUAAAAUGACAUCUUAUUAUUUGUUACAGAUGAUCCAAGUUUGGCGGCUACUCCGAAGAGCGCAGUACCUAAGGUUGAACACGCAAAAUCUGGAGCUGGAAGAUGUUUUGAUUGCAAAGAAAAGGUUCCAAAGGGAGAUCCCAGAGUUAGUUUCAGGGCUAGCAACUAUCACGUUCCUUGUUUCUUCAACAAGAAGUUGUACACUGGAGAUGCGGAUAAGUAAGUUAAUUUUUAUUUUUUUUUACAAUUUAACUUUGAAAAGGAAAUUACAAUCAAUUUAUAAAAUAUAAUAUGAAACUUAAAUAUUUAUUUCAAAAGUUUAUUUUUAGGUAUGAUUAAACUUUAAUGAUGUGUGUUUCAGGAUAAACGGCUUUGAAAGUCUGACAGAAGAGGAACAGAAAACGAUCAAAGGAUAUUUGGGUGAAGAUGAAGAGAAGAAGCCAGAAAAGCGAAAAGCUGAUGAAGCAGGAUCUUCUGGACUCAAGAAGCCCAAGCUCGACAGCAGCGAACGUGAAAAGCUUAAGGUAACUUUAUGACUAUUGUUAGUUAAAGUACAAGGUGCGUCAAAGGUUCUGUUACCAAACUUUACCGGUCGUUUUCUCUAUGUUGCGGUUAAAUUAUUUAAAUUUUUUUAGCUUAUUCUUCGUGUUUUUUUAUUGUAUAAUUAAAAAAGUUAAGUCUUCAUUGCCCACCGUCUGUCUGUAUUUAGAUGUCAAACAUGAGGGCUACCGUCAUCAAAGUACAUAAUGAAGGGAAAAGUAACUCCAAAAUUGCAAAAUUGUUGAAUAUUCCAAGAAUGACAGUCUGCAGAGCCGUAAAACGUUUUGAAGAGCUUGGACAUGACCGUGACAGACCUAGAAGUGGGCGUCCAGUAUCUGUUAACACCGUGGCUAAUCGUCAGAUGAUCAAGAAGCGCUUCAAGCGAAAUCCACAGACCUCAGUACGAAAAAUGGCCCGAGAGACGGGAAUCAAAGAAAGUACUUUGAGGCGCUUGUGCCAAGCCAUAAAGGGGGGACACUUCGAAACCGAUUGACUAUGUUAUAACUAGUAUGUUACUAUUGUUAGGUGUCGUUUUAGUUAUAUUUGUUGUUAAGAUAAAUAUUUGAUUAAAAAACCGUGUAACAGAAGUUUCGGCGCACCCUGUAUUGUUAGUUAAAGUAUACAGGUUGAGGUAUUUUUGAAACAUUUUUCUAAUUUUUAGGUAACUUAAGUUUGUUUUUAGACUCAGUCAAAAGUUUUAUGGGACGUGUUGGAUCAAUUGCGAACACUGCCAAAGAAGGAUGUUGUUGCCUUGUUGGAAAAGAAUGGCUCCAUGUGGACAAAACAUGGCGUUGAAGCUGUAAGUUUAUUUUAUUGUAAUAAUAUGUAGAUUCAAGGUUGUUAAAAGUAUAUACAUUUUUACUGUAUGAUACGUACGAUUACUUAAUAAACAUUUUUAUGACAAUAUGUUUAGAACUUGGAACAGCUGGCAGACAAGAUGGUUUUCGGCAAUACUGCACCGUGCAGAACUUGUGGAGGCCAGUUUAGAUACAGUGAAAGUGCUCACGGAUACACAUGUACUGGCAGUCUGAGUGAAUACACUAGAUGUAGACAUUGUUGUAGAAACCCAGACAGAAUUUCCUUCAAGGUUCCGAGAGAGUUGAGAGAGGAACACGAGUUUCUGAAGGAGUAUCACAAGAAACCGGUACUGUAUUUAUUUUACUUUCUAUGUAUUUGCGAUGUAAAUCUAGACAUACUUUAUGGUUUUUCAGAAGUUAGAAAGCCGUUACUAUGGUUCAGUCGUUGAAAAGACAAAGAUUCAGACUCCUACCACUUCAAAUGCUGAUAAGAAACGAUACGAGAGUAUGUUUCUUAUUGUAAUAGUUGUAUAGUGAGGUUUUAGACAAUAUUAUUCGACUUUUUACAUUUUUUAUAUGAUCUUUCAUUACUGUUGGCUUUAGGAAAGUUGGCAGAAGAAGAAUUGCGUCGCCAAGUUAAGAAUGGUUGUGUGGUAGAUCCAGAAUGCGAGGUAUCAGAAUCAGUUCAUGUAUACGUCGAGAAGAGUAAGUUUAUUGCUAUAUUAUAGUACUUCUGGAUAUUAUAGAGAGAUAACUAUAAUUUUCUUUUUGUUUAGAAAAACCAUGGCAAGCGUUGCUAAGUACGGCAGAUGCCGCAACUGGAAAAAACAGCUUCUACAAGUUACAGAUACUCCAACACGACCGACUUCCUGAGUACUAUGUGUUCAGAAGCUGGGGUCGAGUUGGCACAACCAUCGGUGGGAACAAGACCGAAUCCUUCGGAGAUGAUCUUGAGGCAGCGAAGAAGGUAUUCGAAGAGUAAGUUUAUCUUUGAAGAAUUUGUAUUUUAGGUAUAUUGCUUCUGCUGUAACAUACGAUUAAAUUAUUAAAAGUUUUAUUUUAUAAUUCUAUGGUGUUAUAGUGUGUUCAUUAAUAAUAUUUUGUUGUAGUGUGUUCUUGGAAAAGAGUAAGAACGAAUGGGCGGAUCGUCACAACUUCAAGAAGCGCUUAAGUGGCAUGGAUAUGGUUGAGGUUGAUUUUGAUGACCGUGAUGCUCCUACAGCCACACUUGAUGUACAGAAGAGCAAGUCGAAGCUACCGGUGCCAGUCAAGGAGAUCAUCAGCCUCUUCUUUGAUAUGAAGCUAAUGGAUUCUGCUCUACAGGACUUCGAAUUGGACGUGGAGAAGAUGCCCCUGGGUAAACUGUCGUACAAACAUCUUCUGAACGCUCACUCUGUACUUUCCUCUAUUGAAAAGGUACGGUAGUUGGUUUAUCGCUUUAGAAUUAAAAAUAAUUUGAGUUUAAAAUGUUAUUUCGUUGUUAUAAUGGAAUCUUUUAGCUUAUUCUUUCUGGCUGUACGGAGAAGGUUCAGUUCUUGGAUUUGUCCAAUAGAUUCUUCACCUUGAUGCCACAUGACUUUGGAAUGCGAAACAUUCCUAUUAUUGAUAGCAUGGAUUUACUGAAGGUAAGAUUGACUUGUGUCACGACUUGUCAUCACGGUAAUGUACAGGGUUUUAGAGUUAUUUUAUUACAACUUGAAAUGUUGUAUUUUCAGCAAAAAACCGAGAUGUUGGAUUCACUUCUAGAGAUGGAGGCUGCUUACAGAAUGGUGAAACAAGAACACAAAGAUGAAGAGAAGGGAGAUAAAAUUGAUCCCUUCGACAACUAUUACUCUCAACUGAAUUGUGACAUCACAGUUCUCAAGAGCGAUGACAAAGAAGUCGAACUCAUCAAGAAAUACGCCAAAAACACUCACGGAAAGACUCACGACUUCAAGCUCGAUAUCAAAGAGGUAUGUUAUCUUUAGUUUUUAAUGAACUUUCAAUUUUAGGUAUUCAAAAUCAAUCGCCACGACGAGAACGAACACUUCACUACUGACAUUUCGAACCAUCAACUCCUAUGGCACGGUUCCAGGGUCACGAACUUUGCCGGUAUCUUGAGUCAAGGCUUGAGAAUCGCUCCUCCAGAAGCUCCUGUGGUAUGCUUAUAAGGCUUUCUGUAGUAUUUUAUGUUGUUCAUAUGCUUUAUUCAAGCUAUUGCUGUCACAGCAUCAAAAUGCUAGUCUGUAUUGUUUUAGAAUGGCUACAUGUUCGGUAAAGGUAUCUACUUUGCUGAUAUGAUCUCGAAAUCUGCUCAAUAUUGUGGUACAAAUCAAAAAGUGGAUGGAUUCUUGCUACUUUGUGAAGUUGCUCUAGGAAAGAUUCAAGAAGAAAAAGAAGCGAAUACAGAAAUUAAGAAGCCAAAGUCUGGAUACCACAGUGUUAAAGGUAAAUUUACUUUUAAAGUUUCCAUAUAUUGGAUUAAAUCUGAAGUUACCAUUUGAAACAUAAGAGUUAUUACCAAACGUUCAUUUUUAUUUUAUAGGUUUGGGAGGAACCGCACCAAACCCAGAAGGCAUGGUGACAUUACCUGAUGGUGUCAAGGUCCCUUGUGGAAAGGCCAAGACCAUGUCCAAGUCUCAAGAUUACCAUCUACUGUACAACGAAUAUAUCGUCUACAACGUCAAUCAAGUCAGAAUGAAGUACUUGGUUCGUGCAACAAUGACACCCAGCUACGUGUAA